AUGAAGCUCGCCGUAUUCAGCACGAAGCCCUAUGACAAAAAGUACUUGACGUCUGUUGUCAACGCCAAGCAUGCUUCCUCUGGCAUCGAGCUCGUCUUCCAUGAGUUUGCUCUUAACGAAGAUACCGUCUCUCUCGUCGAAGGAGCCGACGCCAUUUGUGUCUUUGUCAACGAUAUUGUUAACGACAAUGUCAUGUCAGCCCUGGCAGAAUUUGGCAUCAAAGCUAUCUUGCUGCGAUGCGCAGGUUUCAACAACGUUGAUCUCGAAGCCGCUCAGCGACACCGCAUAAUGGUCGCAAAUGUUCCUUCGUACUCGCCCGAGGCUGUUGCUGAAUUCGCCGUUGCUCUCAUCCAAACUCUCAACCGCAAGACCCACCGCGCCUACAACCGUGUUCGUGAGGGUAAUUUUUCUCUUGAUGGCCUUCUCGGAAGGACCCUCUGUGGCAAGACUGUCGGUAUCGUGGGUGUCGGCAAGAUCGGUCUUGCCACUGCACGUAUCAUGAAAGGUUUCGGUUGCAGAUUGCUUGCAUACGAUCCCUUCCCUUCGCCAGCCUUUGAGGAAUAUGGCGAGUACAAGGAUCUCGAGGACCUUUUGCCCCAGUGCGAUAUCGUCAGUCUGCAUUGUCCACUCAUGGAGAAGACUCGACACAUCAUCAACCGCGACACCAUAGCUCUGAUGAAGAAGGGCGCUAUGCUGGUCAACACCUCACGAGGUGGCCUGCUCGACACCGAAGCUGUCAUUCAUGCACUCAAGACGAACCAUAUUGGUGGUCUAGCCCUUGAUGUGUACGAGGCAGAAGGAGAGCUCUUCUACAAUGACCAUUCAUCAACAAUCAUCCAAGACGACAAGCUUAUGCGUCUCAUGACCUUCCCCAACGUGGUAGUGUGUGGCCACCAGGCCUUCUUUACCGAGGAGGCUCUCACCGAGAUCGCUGAGUGUACUCUCAGCAAUCUUGAAGAGUGGAUAGAGAGCAAGACGAGCAAGAACUCACUGACCAAGGAUCCUAAGCUGCGACGUCGUGACUCACUGCCCGUCCGUGCCAUCUAA